GCACACUCAGAGGAACAGAGAGCGCACUCCUUAUUGCGACAAUGAUUUCGUCCGUAUGUGUGCGUAUAUGUAUGUACAUCGGUGUAGCAUUGGAAUAAUUUCACUGUAGUCAUUUCAGUUAAUCAUUGAGCGUGAGACGAGUAACAUAACAUAUUUUAAGUGGCGCCAAAAAGUUUCGGUACGCAUUGUACGCAGCUGCCGACGUGAAAUGUUUAUUAAUUUUGUAAAUGAGUUAUUAAUGGUUUAAAUCGCCACAAAUUGUGUUACUAGAUAAGCAAAAGGCCCGUUUAAGGAAAUUUGGCUAAAAACGCUUGUAUGCGUAAAAUAAGCUUGUGAGUGCGAAAAUUGGGUUUGAAAAAGAGUUUCAUCAAAAUAUGUGCAAGCAAUCUACAGAACUCUAAUGCAAAAAAUUCUGUGAUAAAAUUUAAAAAUGAUUGUACAAAAAUACAUUUAAAAAAUUACCACUUCGUUGAAAAAUUUGCUAAAAAGAGGUAAAUGAAUAAAAGGCAAGCCAAAGAAGUCAAAUGUGAUUGUUCCGAUAUAGCAGACGAGAUGUCAGCUGAGAGCAGGGAUUCCAAAGAGCUUUUAGAUGCUCAUGAUCGUCAAAAUGAAGAGACUAACAUCGAAAUGGCAGAUGACACGAUCACAAGGGAAGACGGCGACCGAACAAGUCGAAUAUCACCGCUUAUGAGGGCAGGAAAUGAAACAACUGUCAAAACUUCGAAUGAGUCGAACUCUACCGAGUCAUUUCAGAUUUAUAAAGAAUCCGCAGAACGUUUAAUCAAAGUAAAUGUAGAUCAUGAGAUGAUUGAAGAACAAAGCGAAAUGAAUGUCGAGGCAACUUCUCUAGACUCAAACGACGAACGCCCUGUUAGCAACAGCCCACAUAAGGACGAACUAACAGAUAAUGAAAUAGAACCCGCACCCUCACCCACAAUGCCGAAAUUGCGGCUAAAUGCGUUUCUGGCAUCAGACCCGGCCUUGAAACCGGAUGCACAAGACCUUAAAGCUUUACAUGCAGAGACGCAAACGAAAAACAUGCUUGCGCAAUUUCCACCACCACCAGCACUGUCCGAACAGGAAGACAUAGAAGCCUCGAUAAAUGCUCCUGUGGUUAGUUUGGCGGAACCGGUGCUUAAAGCGGCGACGGUUGACACAGUGACUGGUAGUCUCACUGCUUCCGCUAAAAUCGCACCACGCUUGAAGUUGUUCAUGUGUCUGCCAUGUGGCAUUCACUUCAGUUCACCAUCAACGUUAGAAGCGCAUCAGGCAUACUAUUGCUCACAUCGCAAUAAAGACAUGGAAGCAAAGGGUGCUUCGAUCUCUACGGUAGUAGCUGAGAAAACCACCGCCAACACGUCGAGUGGCACCAGCAGUGCUAGUAUAAACAAUUCUAACGAUGAGCCAACAACUAAGGCCAUAAAGACUGGAAAACAAUAUGCGUGCACACAAUGCUCAUACAGUGCCGACAAGAAAGUGUCCCUUAAUAGACAUAUGCGUAUGCACCAAACAUCGCCAGCUCAUAGCAGCAAUGUUCUACCGCCAAACUGUGGAAAUGCGCUGGACGAAAGUGGUUCUAGUCAACAAACGGAUCGCUACUGCAGCGAUUGUGAUAUAAGAUUCAAUAAUGUUAAGACAUAUCGCGCGCAUAAGAUGCAUUAUUGCAGUUCACGCCGUACUGAGGGACCACUAACGCCUAAGGUUGAAGUUAGCACAGCUAAUGCCAUUAAAGCGUCAGUAGGUACAGCGAGCAUCAGUCCACAGUUGCGGGCAAAAACUCCCACAUCUGCUAUGGUUGCAGUUGCUGCGGCCGCGGCUGCCGCCGCAUCGUUACCAACACCAACGCCGCAACCGUUUCUAGCAUUGCCCACCAAUCCAAUAUUGAUAAUACCCUGCUCACUGAUACGUGCAGCAAGUUGGAUACCGGGACCUCUCACUUCACCAUUGGCAGCACUUCCAAACCCCGACGGCACCUGUUACAUGCUGGAUAACGGAGAUUUAAAACCUCUAGCCACGGCUUUAAAUAUAAGCGCGUUUAAUUCCAACGCUACAAUAACUGAUACUAUCCUUGGCUCGCCCGCUGCAGUGCCGUUCAACCUUAACACCCCACACAUACCCACUGUCGAAACAUCACCAGCUUGUCAACCUUCGUUAGUUAGCACGAACGAGCCUCUACUUCCUGAAAAUAAUGCUGGGCGUAACGUGGAGAGGAGUGAGGCAUUAACGCCAAAUCGAAGAGAAGGUGCACGAGACGCUGCGCCACUAGAUCUCUCCUUACGCCGCUCACCCCCGUCACAUUCCAGUCUGCAAAGACAACGUGUACACUUGACGUCGUCUUAUGCAGAUGCCGACGAGCAAAUGAUGGAUAUGGAAACUCUGCUAGAAGCAGGUAAGGAGAAUCUAUCAAUGGACGAAACUGGCACCGUCACACCUGAACAAAUCGUUUGUGCACCUUCACUGCCAAAUAGUCCAUCAAUGAGUCCUUCACCAAAGCGGCGUGCACUCAGCCCUCGCAGUUCCGGCGCGGACAGCACUUCCUCGAUGUCACCUCCUGUCAACGUCUCUACCGUGUGUUUAGUUGCAGCUGCCGCUGCCAAUAAUUUGCUUGAUUUACCAUUGCGUUCCAUGCUACCUGCCGAUAUAGCGUUAAAAAUCUCCGAAACGAAUAUAAUGAAUCCACUGCUUUCCAAACAAAAUCUCGAACUAGCUUUGAAGCUCUCUGCUGCAGCAGCGGCUGCUGUAAACAACAAUUCACCAACUGGAGCGAGUUCUACCAUUGCCGAAUUGGCUGCAGCGACAGCGGGCAAAUCUGCAAUACUCUUACCCAGUUUGGGUACCGGACCCCCAGCAUCUAAUAGCGUAAAUAUCGUCGGCCCAAAUACCGCAGUGCAACCCCAAAUUUAUGUGAAGCAGGGUGUCUCCAAGUGCAAAGAAUGCAAUAUUGUAUUUUGCAAGUAUGAGAAUUAUCUGGCACAUAAGCAACACUAUUGUUCAGCGCGCAAACAGGACAGUUGUGAAGACGAGACGAAGGUCGCAAACACAUCACCCAUUGGAGUUGGUGCGGCUGCAGGCGGGGUAAACACUACCCCAGUUGCUUAUCAACAACUUAUUUGUGCCGCUUGUGGCAUCAAGUAUAGUUCCCUGGACAAUUUACGAGCUCAUCAAAAUUAUUACUGCCCUAAAGGAGGUGGGACGAUGAGUACCACUUCUUUGGCUGCCGCUGCUGCAGCUUCCGAAUCUGGACAGAUGCCACUAAGCAAGGACAAAUGUAGCAAAUGCAAGACAAUACAUGAAUUAGGACAACCUUGUCCACCACAGCCGGCACUGCAACAAGCUCAAAGCGGCGUACACCACAUGCAAAGCGCAAAUAUGGCAGUGACAUCUGCCAUCACAGGACCCAACCAAAAUCUCUACAAGUGUCCGGUUUGCGAUGUAGUUAGUUUAACACCGUCCGAAAGCCGGAAGCACAUGGAGACUCAUGGUACAGUAAAGGCAUUCCGUUGUAGUAUCUGCCGCUAUAAGGGCAAUACAUUACGGGGAAUACGUACACACAUUCGCAUGCAUUUCGACAAGAAAGCCACCGACCUUAAUGAGGAGCAUUACAUGUCUUGCAUACUGGAAGAUGAGGUGACGGAAAUACCCAGCAUUGCAUCUGCACUAACUCAAGACCAAUUAGCACAGCAAAUAGCUGUCGCACAACAACAGCAAUUGCAACUUCAGGCACAGCAACAACAACAGCAAAUAUAUAACUGCGAUUUGUGCAAUUACUCCUCCUCCUAUAAAUGCAAUGUGCUGCGCCAUAUGAAACUUGUGCAUCCUCAUAUCAAUAUAAACUCACCCUCAAUAUCACCCGAAGGUAAUGACAUAGAUACUAACGAUUCAGCAACUUUAAACGGCGAGAAUAGUGUUCGACGUAACAACUCCUUUCUAGGUGCAGGUAGUCCAUUCCGACAUUUAUUUUAUGUUUUGUACAUUUUAUGGUUCGAUUGUUGUUCAUAUUUGGAAUAUACCCUACAAGAAUUGGGUGAUGAAAACUAA